CAAGCAUACAAUGGAUGAAAACUACAUAUCGAUAUGGUAUUGUAUGGCUGUAAAGAAAAUGUGAAUAUUGUUUUAUGUAUCUUAAACCUAAAGGAAAGAAUUCCCAGUACAUCCAUGCAUAAGUCUGUCUUUAAUUUAUGAUUACUAAAAGAAUAUUGAUGACAUUAUUGUAAUAUAAUUUGUGAUAUGGAUUAGAUUCACUGAGGAAUUAAACAAUUCAUAGGCAUGGCGUCAGUGUCUUUGUCAAAAAAACUGUCUAACUCGAGAUACAAUAACUGGGUAAAGGCUAGUUUAGCAGUGUUGAUAACAAAAAGAGGUAUUGAACCUUUUGUUAAAGAUGAAAUCGAACAGUUCCAGCAGAAAUGUUUAACAGAUAUAUGUAACAACCAGGGUCUUCCAUCUGGAACAAUUUGUACAAAUUGUUGCACAGAAAAUGUAGUCAAGUGUCCUACAAACAAAAUUUGUAACAUUAAGCAAAGAAAAUGCAGUUAUCAUAAAGAUUCUGCAACUACUUUUCUUCUUGCUGGUUGUCCGAACAAGAUCUGUCACAAUUUUAAAACUGAAAUACAGAACGCUCAUAGAUACAAUGGCCCAUCCUACAAAAACACUGAUGCUGCUCAGUGGUGCAGUAAAUCCUGGGAGGUAGCUAAGUGCUACAUGCCACCAGAUGGUUAUAAAGAUGUUGUAUCUGCAUCAGAAACAGAUUUUAAUGGAGUCAACAGUGUCAUCAUAAACUGCGAAUGUUUUCAGACAAAAGUUACAGAUGAUCUCAGUAAGAAUGGAAACAUUUUUGACAAGGGUAGAGAGAUUGGUAAAGCUGUUCGACACGCCCCUAUUCUGGAAGUGGUGGAUAAAGAUUUAAAGCAAUAUUUCAUUGACCUUGAUAACCUUCUGUCAGAUACUGGACACUUGAUUUCCGAUAAUAAUGCAAAGUUAGCAAGGAAAAGAUUAUCUGAGGUUUGUAAAACUUACUUUUGUAUUCAGUAACAUAUUAGAACAUAUUAGAUUAGAACAUUACCCGUCCCUAGAUUUGCCACUUAAAUGCCACCCUUUUCAAUGGUGGAGUAUUUAGACAAUUUUCCACCAAUAAUGCCACCAAAAUGCCACCAAAACGCCACCCAAAUCAUGAAAAUGGUGAAAAAUUUGAGCAGGACUGAUGGUAUAUAAUUUUCCAGUUAAUUCCACCUUUUCUACACUUAAUGCCACCAAUGAGUGGAAAGUUGGUGGAGUAUUUAGACAAACUUUCACCAUUAUGCCACCUUAGGGUGGCAAACUCAUUUUUCCACUACAUGCCACUUGUUUCCACUAAUUGCCACCAUCAUGGUGGAAAGAUGGUGGAGUAUUUGGACGAAUUUCCACCAUUAUGCCACCAUUGAGUG